AUGGCCAGAGCAAUCCCUUCACCACAGACUUUCCGCCUCCUCCGGCGCCUGUGCGCGCUCGAAUCCCCCAUCGCCACAAGCACAGGAGCACAGACACGAACACGACCGCAUCAGCUGCGCUAUCCGCCAGUGCAGACGGUGACUCAUUCUCAGAAUUCUCGACGACCGUUCAGCACAUCACGAAGCUGCACAGAGGAAGCGCACUAUCAGCGGUCAUCAUCUCCGCAAUCCGAGGGGCAUGGGCCGUCUACCCCAGAAGACACGGCACCUCCAGACAUCACGAAUUACUACACACUAUUUCCACAAACGCUCCCGAAUGGGCCUCCGCCUGCCUCGCCCUUCGCGAUACCCAUCUCACGCCUGCGCAGAGAAUUCCUCUCCCUGCAGUCUCGCUACCACCCGGAUAAAUUCCCUUCGGGGACGGCUUCACACCAGAAGUCUCUGGCGCUGUCGAGUCUGCUGAAUGCGGCGUAUAAGACACUCUCGGACCCGCUCCUGCGCGCCCGGUAUUUGUUGUUGGAAACGUAUGGCGUGGACGUGACGACCGAGGAUAACAAUAUCCACUCUGGCCUGACUGAUCAGGAGACGUUGCUCGAGGUGAUGGAGGCGCAGGAAGCUCUCGAGGAGGCGACAAGUCACGAAGACAUUGAGAAGUUGAUGGAAGAGAAUGCGGUUAGGAUACGAGAUACAGAGGAAAUACUGGGCAAGGCCUUCGAAAACGAUGAUGUCGACGAAGCGAAGAAGGAGUGCGUGAGGUUGAAUUAUUGGCGGAGUCUGCAGGGGGCGCUGAAGGAGUGGGAGCCAGGGAAAGAGGUCAGGCUCGUACACUGA